CUAUUGUUAUUGAAAAAAUUUAUUACGGUUUCAACUGAUUCAACAUCAGCUGCUGGUAGUAGUGUUGUUAACAACCAUAACAUCCAUAACCUAUCCUCAGAGUCGCACCAGUGGUCGUCUAGUAUGACAUCGAUGAUAGGCCUCUGGGCUAACAGUCUUCGACUAAACGAAUCGGAUGUUUGGCAUAACUUUCCUGGACUUCCGUUUGCGCUCAAUAUUGAAGCCAAUAUGAGUGGCGAAAAACAUCGCAUAUGGAUCAACCAAAACUGGCACUUUACUGUCUACCUGUCCAUCGUAUAUAUGGUUACGAUUUUCCUCGGCGCUCAAUAUAUGAAAACCCGACCGGCCUUUGACCUGAGGCGACCACUGGCCCUAUGGUCGGCAUCGUUGGCCAUAUUUUCGAUAAUGGGAACCAUCCGAUGUCUACCUGAGUUCCUAUCGAUAAUCUAUAACCAUGGAUUUAUUGAAUCGUUUUGCAAUAAUUCAUACAAAGAUGAUAAUCGACUGGUUUUCUGGUAUCUCCUAUUUAUUUGGUCCAAAGUAGCCGAGCUGGGGGAUACGGCAUUUAUUGUCCUACGUAAGCAAAAGCUAAUCAACCUACACUGGAUACACCAUGUCCUCACACUAUGCUAUUGUUUUUUUGUAUUUCCCGAUGAACCGGGUACUGCCCGUUGGAUGGUUGGCAUGAACUUUGCCAUACACUCGGUAAUGUAUACGUACUACGCGUUACGUGCCCUACGCAUACGUAUACCACGUGGUAUAUCCAUGUCGAUAACAAUUGCCCAGAUAGUCCAAAUGAUUUUCGGCCUAAUCAUUAACAUAAUGUCGUUUAACUAUGUUAUCAAUAGCAGCACCGGUAGUAGUAGUCAUAGUCGGACAUGUGAUAUGACUGUACCGUCGGCUACAACGGGACUGGGAUUGUAUACACUAUUUUUUAUGUUGUUUAUCAACUUUUUCAUUUGCGCCUACUUGAGAAACAAUAGCCGUACAAAACGUAUAGUUUUUAUGACCACAACUAACGAUAACAAUCACAAUGAGAUCAGACAUCAGAUUAAGUCAAUGAUCGCCGAUAAUAAUGAUGAUAACAAUGCCGACCAUAAAAUGAUUGCCAAAAAGUUUGAAUAAUAAUACAAAUUAAUUAAUUAAUUGAAAAUAAUUUACACGAAAAAAU